UAUAUAUGCCAAUGAGUCCUCCCAUUUGUUGUUGAGUUGAUUAUCUGUCUGUACUGCGUGUGAAUAUUUCUAGCACAGAAAAGAGAGAAAGAGAGAGAGGGAAAUGGUGAGCUGUGAAGAGCAAUAUGAGCUUCCAGUGGUGUUGGAGAUUAACCGUUUGCAAAACCAACUCAAAGAAAAAGUUAAGGAGCUAGCUAAUUCUCAGGGUGAAAUCAAAGCCUUAAAGGCAACUGAAGCUCUGAAGGACAAGGCCAUAGAAGAGUUGAGAAUUGAAGUCAAUAAACUGGACCAAAGACUUAGAGUUUCAGAGGAUCAUCUUAAACAAAAGAAUCUAGAAAUCAAGAAACUGACAGAUGAAAAGAAAGAUUCAUUGGCCGCACAAUAUGCAGCAGAAGCAACACUUAGAAGGGUACAUGCAAAUCAAAGGGAUGAAGACUUUGUUCCAAUUGACAGUGUCAUUGCUCCUCUUGAAGCUGAGAUUAAAAUGUAUAAGAAUGAGAUUAUAACACUUCAAGAAGAUAAGAAAGCUAUGGAGCGACUCACAAAAUCAAAAGAAUCAGCAUUGCUAGAAGCAGAGAGGAUUUUGCGAAGUGCACUAGAGAGGGCUCUAAUAGUUGAGGAAGUUCAAAAUGAGAACUUUGACUUGAGAAGACAGAUUGAGAUCUGCCUGGAAGAGAACAAACUCUUGGAGAAAACUCACCGCCAAAAGAUUUUGGAAGUUGAAAAGCUUAGUCAAACAAUUCAGGAACUUGAGGAAGUCAUCCUAGCUAGUGGGGGCACUGCUAAUGCUCUUCGCGAUUAUCAGCGACAGAUUACUGAAUUGCAAGAGGAGAAGAGGACAUUAGAGAGGGAGCUUGCAAGGAUAAAAGUUUCAGCCAACAGAAUUGCAAAUGUUAUGGCUAAUGAGUGGAAGGAUGAAAAUGAUAAGGUCAUGCCUGUCAGACAAUGGCUAGAAGAGAGAAGAAUUAUGCAGGCAGAGAUGCAAAGGUUGAAAGACAAGCUAGCAGUAUCAGAGAGAACAGCCAAAGCAGAAUCACAAUUGAAGGAUAAAUUGAAGCUGAGGCUAAAAACACUGGAGGAAGGCUUAAAGCAUUUCUCAAGUUACCCUACCAUUUCAAAUGUGUUGUCUUCUGGGUCUCCAAAAGCAGAAAAGUCAAAAAUCUUAGGUUUCCUAACAACAAGUGGUGGGAUGAGAAAGAGAUCCACCUCACAACCAAGGGCAUCUUCUGUUGGAAGUUCUUUGUUCCAGCUUCCGAAUACAAAAAACAACACAGACAUUGCUGCUACCAAAAAGAAAUAUACUUCUGCAGAAAAUGUGUUGAAGAAAGGGAUAUGGGCGUCAAGAAGCAAAGUCGCUGAUAGCCGUGAAAAGGAAAAUGAGAUGCAGGUGAACACAGACAUGAAUUUAAGCAAGUUCAGUGAUGAAAGAGAAGCAGCAGAAAUUAAAACCAUUGUUAAUCAGGAUGAAGACUCUGAAAGCAAGAAACCAAAUGAUUCAGGCAGUCACGAUGUGGUGUCAGGUUUUCUAUAUGAUAAACUGCAAAAAGAGGUCAUCAAUCUGAGGAAGUCUUGUGAAAUUAAAGAAGGUAGUUUGCAAGCUAAAGAUGAAGAAAUUAAGAUGCUCAUGAAGAAAGUCGAAGCACUGACAAAGGCCAUGGAAGUAGAGUGGAAGAAAAUGAGAAGAGAAGCAGCUGCUAGAGAGAAGGAGGCUUCAUCAAUAAAAUCAGAAGAUAUCAGAAAAAACAAAAGCACAAACUCCUCUAAAAGGGCGGUGAAAGAACGUUGAUGAUCCUUUAUUUGGAGAUGGUUAAAUGUAGUUUAUUUAUCAAGGACAUCUUGUGAUUUUUCUUUGUAAAUAUAAAACAUUUGGUGAGGUUAAUGUCUUGAAAUAAACUUCCAGUGGGGCAAUGGAGUUUGGGAAUAUGAUCCUGUAAUCUGUACAAAGUGAAGUAUUCAAUAUCUUUCUCUGUAUUUGGAUAAAUGAUAUUUUCUGUGAUUGUGAGUUUUA